UUUCAUCAUAAGCCAAAAUAUAGAUUUUAAAUAUAUGUAUUUCGGCUCAUAGCUGGAGGGCAUGAAAACGGGAGGAGGACUGUUUGAGAGAAGGCAGAGGAGGAGAAAGGGCGGGAGAGGGACAAAGAGAAGCAGACAGCAGCUAUGAGCUGAUAUAUGUGGAUGAAGACGUCAUAACGAAACUCAUUGUUUUGUAAGCAAAACAUAAGAAAUUUCUAGCGGGGUGGCAGUGGUCCGAUUGGCUAGGGUGCAGGGUCCAUGGCUAAGUGCUGGGGUAGGGGGUCUUUGUUCAGCUCAGAGCAAGGCGAGGCCCUCUCGGCAUCCGCGUGGUGGUGGCAGAGACAGAGCAGCAGCCGGGGAGGCAGGAUGAUUGCAGGGUCACGUGCCGCCAGCGGGCCUGGCGGGAUGUGUAAGGCAUAGGCUGGCAGGAAGACCGCAGCUCCUCAAUCACCGCAGGACUUUGGUGGAAAACACAUUCCACAUUUAUGGCGAUUCCGAAUUUGAGUGUCAAUUUCUGCCAGGCUCAGCACAGCAAUUUCCCUGGCAAGUGACCUUGGGGCCUCCAUGUGCCCGUGUUCAAUCACCUGCGCCUUGAAGACUCUGGACACCUGGACACCGAGGCGGUCCUUAAAAGUUACUGCAAGUAUAUUUCCUUUAAUGACUCUGGUAAAAUCAAGCUUCGGGUAAAACAAAGGUCGAAGACAACCACCACUGUUGUCUCUCUAGUGUCUAAAUGUAGGCGGGAUAGAUGAGUUCGGCACGUAGCUGGAUGUUUCUGAAGUCUCAAGGAAUCCAUCUGCAGACGUUGAGGCCCAGGUUGAAUUCGAAUGAAUUUUAAAUACUUCUGCCCCAUUUUGGAGAAGCCGCAUACAGAGUAAACAAACCGAAUAAAGCAAAAGAACAAAAGUAGUCCUUUCGAUGAUCUUAAUGUUUUCGCUUUCCCAUCACCCACGCGGGCACUCUCGUUUGCCGGAAUGAACCAUCCAGCGCCAGUGGAGAUCGGCUACGACAACAUGCGUUUCCUGAUAACUCACAACCCCACCAUCGCCAUGCUGCCCAAGUUCACAGAGGAACUGAAGAGCCACGGAGUGACAACCUUGGUCAGAGUUUGCGACGCCACCUACGAUAAAGCUCUAGUGGAAAACUGUGGCAUCCGCGUUCUAGACCUGCCCUACCCUGACGGAGCCCCACCCCCUGAUGACUUAGUGGAUGAUUGGCUGAACCUGUUAAAAACCAAAUUUCGUGAGGAGCCAGGUUCCUGUGUGGCCGUGCACUGUGUGGCAGGGCUAGGAAGGGCUCCCGUGCUGGUGGCGCUCGCUUUGAUAGAAUGUGGAAUGAAGAAUAACGAAGCGGUUCAAUUUAUCCGACAAAAACGAAGGGGCGCGUUCAACACCAAACAGCUGCUUUUCUUGGGGCAGUACCGACCCAAGACGCGGAACAGGUCGCGGUCGCGCUUCAAGGAUUCCCCGGCGCACUGCUGCAUUCAGUAG